AAUAAGAGCUAACUUUCUAAAGCUCUGAGAAGAAGGAAAUGAAUUACGGAUUUGAGCGAGAGACUGGUUUUAUCAAUAGUCAGCCGUCGCUUGCUGAGUGCCUGACAUCUUUUCCCCCUGUCGGUGAUACAUUUCAAAGUUCAUCAAUCAAGAAGUCGACGCUUUCACACUCGACACUGAUUCCACCUCCUUUUGAGCAGACCAUUCCAAGCCUAAACCCAGGCAUCCACCCUCGCCACAACCGGCCAAAACAGAGUCCAAAUGGCAGCAGCCCUUUACCGGCCGCCACUCUCCCGCCGGAGUACCCCUGGAUGAAGGAGAAAAAAGCGUCUAAGAAAAAUCACCUGCCGACUUCUUCAGCAACAGCCACUUCAACAGAACCGCUCUGUUUCCCCCCGAAAGAUUCGCCUGAGAUUCUGGAUAACGGUGGUGGGGGAUCACGGAGAUUAAGAACCGCAUAUACCAACACUCAGCUUCUGGAACUGGAGAAGGAAUUUCAUUUCAACAAGUAUCUGUGCAGACCAAGAAGGGUGGAGAUUGCAGCUUUGCUGGAUUUGACUGAGAGGCAAGUCAAAGUGUGGUUUCAGAACCGGAGGAUGAAGCACAAAAGGCAGACUCAAUGCAAAGAAAACCACAACGACGACGGCAAAUUUAAGAAUCUGGAGGACAGUGCGCACAGUGAGGAGGAGAAGUCUCUUUUUGAGCAAGCUCUAAACAAUGUCUCCGGCGCCCUUUUGGAAAGAGAAGGUUACACAUUUCAGCAAAAUCCCCUGACUCAACAACAGCCACAGAAUGUGCACAAUGGAGAAUCUCAAAGUUUCACUGUGUCGCCUUUAAGCAGCAAUGAGAAAAAUCUGAAACAUUUUCAGCACCCGUUACCCACUGUUCAAAACUGCCUCUCAACAAUGGCCCAGAACUGCGCAGCUGGCCUGAACAAUGACAGCCCCGAGCCCCUGGAUGCCUCUUCUUUACAGGAUUUUAACGUUUUCUCGACAGAUUCCUGCCUACAUCUUUCAGAUGCACUUUCUCCCAGUUUGCCAGGAUCUCUUGACAGCCCUGUGGACAUUUCUACGGACAGUUUUGAUUUUUUCACAGACACACUCACAACAAUCGACUUGCAACAUCUGAACUAUUAAAAAAAACAAAGUCAAGUCUCGUCUCAUGACUCUUAAUUGCAAAAAAGUAAGAAAAGUAAUCUAUACAUUCUCCUAUUAACCUGAUUGGGUUUAUCUCCCUUUCCUUUGACAUGGUCAGUACAUUUUGUUGGCUAAUUAAUUCCAAAUGUAUUCAUAUCCAAACUAUAAUUGUUGUAAAAAAAAAUAAAAAAAUAAAAAAAAAAUGAUUGAAAUUGAACUAACCACUUUUAGGUUAUUCUACAAAAGCAAUAUAUUGGAUCUGUAAUAGAAGUUACUCUUUGCUGUCCUUUUAUUUUUGUAUCACUUUCGGGUACAUAGUCAUGAAUAUUUUGUUAGAAUAAAUUGUACUUGCUACAGGUAGCUUU